AUGUCCAACAAUUUAUAUUGCUUGCCAGAGAGUGGAGAAAGGUGUGUCCUUGGGGUAGUUGUGGAACUUGGUGUUGAGGAUGUCGUAGACGUUGUCGGGGUUGGAGGUAAUGUUAUCGAAGACGUGGAAGUUGAUGCAUCUGAGAAAGAUCUCUCAGUUGUAGCAGUUGAAACAGGGAGAGUUAAUACCAAGCGAAUCAAACGAUCAAUCAAAGGGUAUGUUAAAGACUUUCCUUUAACAUUCGCUUUUUUGAUUGUGUUAGAUGAAGCAUCCGCAGCACAUGGCACGGAGAAAGGGAUUGCUGGGCUACUUGAUGAUUCGAAAGAUCAAGUUUCAUCGGACAGCAGCAUCCCAUUAUCCCCGCAGUGGCUUUAUUCCAAACCUGUUGACUCAAAAGCAACUGCCAACCCAGUGGGGGCGAACCCCACUGAUCCCAUACUGAAAGAUAGUUGGCGUUUGGAGGGUUCUCAAGACAAGAAAGAUUGGAGGAGGACUGCUCCAGAUGUUGACAUAAGUCGUCGCUGGCGUGAGGAGGAGAGAGAAACAAGCUUGCUUGGGAGAAGGGAUCGCAGAAAGAUUACGUCAACCUCAGAGAACCGAUCCUUGCCUGCUGAUCGCUGGCAUGAUGGUCGUGGUUCUGGUCAUGACUCUCGGAGAGAGAACAAGUGGUCAUCAAGAUGGGGUCCUGAAGACAAAGAAAAGGAUUCUCGAAUUGAGAAAAGGAAUGAUGUUGAGAAGGAAGAUGGUCAUGCAGAGAAACAAUCUUCUGGUGUUAGCAAUCGACAAGGGUCUGAUCGUGACACAGAUUCUCGUGAUAAAUGGAGACCACGUCAUCGAUUGGAAGCUCAAGCAGCUGGUGUGGCCACAUACCGUGCUGCACCUGGAUUUGGGAUGGAUAAAGGACGUACAGAGGGAACAAAUGUGCGAUUUUCACCUGGAAGAGGAAGGGCAAAUAUAAAUGGAAAUCUGCAAAUUGGAAGGCCUCCCUUGGGCUCUAGUGUGGGCUCUGCACUUGUGGAUAAGAAUAGAACUAUACUGGGGAAGUCUAGCCUUGGUGUCGAGUCAUAUUACUAUCCCAGGGGUAAGAUUCUUGACAUAUAUCGCAAGCAAAAGAUUGAUCCAACUUUUGACAGUAUGCCUCCUGAGUUGGAGCAUACUUCACCCAUAACUCAACUGGAUUCUGUAGAGCCAUUAGCAUUUGUUGCUCCUGCUGCUGAAGAAGAGGCUGUCCUUAAGGAUAUAUGGAAUGGAAAAAUUACUAGUAGUGAAGUUUCGGGAUACUCAUUUAGAGGAAAGGAUGGAGGGUUGAAUGAUGAUAUUUCAGGUCCUGGUACAGCCUUAAGUGAAAGAAAACAAACUUUAAUUGACGGUGGUGGAAAGGUUAUCUCGGGAAUUGAAAUCUCAAAUGAUUCUGAUCAAAUUGUUGGCUCAUUUAGAAAUGCAGUUAAUGAUGUUGCAACUUUCCAACUAGGCAAGCAGAAACAUAUGUCAUCAGCUGUUGUGCAUGGGAGAGAGGAGAAUUCUGACAACAAUAACAGGGAGGGAAGUAUCACCAUAAACAAAGUUGUUGAAUCAGAAACCUUCGAUGGCGAUAAGGGGCAUACCAAUCAUGGUGUUGAUUCAUUUUCUGCAUCAGAACUCAAUAAUAACCUGCCUGAUGCAUUUGGAUUUUCGCCUCUUGAGCAAAAUCCAAGUAUUAAUCAACAGGACCUGAAAUUUAAUGAGAAUGCAUAUUCUUAUGAAAUUGCUGCUGUUCCUGAGGAGUUAAGUUUGUGCUAUCUGGACCCUCAAGGGGCAAUUCAAGGACCAUUUCUUGGGAUUGAUAUAAUUUUGUGGUUUGAACAAGGGUUUUUUGGGUUGGACUUACCAGUUCGCUUGUCAGAUGCACCUGAAGGUUCACCUUUUCAAGAACUUGGUGAUGUCAUGCCUCACCUGAAAGGAAAAUCAGGAUUCAGUUCUGGUACGAACCUGGUGGCUCAAUCAGAAUCAUCAGAUGCCAUUCAAAGGAACCUAAAAGUAGAUGUGCCUAAUUUUGACUUCAAUGGGUCAGCUGUUAAUGAUGAUCAACUUUGGUCUUUAUCCCGUCCGGAUGUUAGCGCGUGUGUUGGUGUUCAGUCUCAAAUACGUAGUCAAAAUUAUCGCUCUGAGGUCCAAUUUUCUGACGAUCAGUCGUUCAGUAAUAUUGUUGCGCCAGAGGAGGAUAUUUCAUUAUCUAAAUUUGCUGGAAGCAGCAAUGACAACCCUUUGAUGAGGCCUGUGGAUGUUGCUUCUUCAUAUCCUCAUCCUAACAAACCUGUCAACAAUGAUGUUUUGGGGAGUGAUGCUCAUAAUGAGGCUGAUAAGUUGCAUCCAUUUGGUUUAUUGAUGUCUGAACUCAGAGAUGGUACUCAUUUAAGGCGUGCACAAUCUUCCAAUAGUUCUUUGAGAUUGGGCGAUCAGGGUCACUUUGUAGAUCCAUUAAUUGAUCGGGAUGCUCCUUUUGCUGAUCAAAGCUCUAUUGGGGGAAUGAUUAAUCAGUCAUCUCUCCGGGAUACAUGGCCUGAUGAAUAUGGGAUGAAUAGGCCUUUUAACCCUAAUAUGCAUGUAGGUUCAUUGGAAGACCAGUUCAUGUCCCAUGUGGGGCAACAUUUUAAUAAUUUUGAUGCAUCCGAGCGUAUGAUACUGCAGAAGCUGCAGAAGGAACGCUUGCAGCAGCAGGCUACUGUAUCUAAUCAUUUUCCUGCACAUCUUACUGGGUCUGAUUUAGAGAGAUUUCCAGGUUUUCCUCACACUCAGAGCAAAAACCCCAAUAUCCAGCAAAUGAUGCAGAACUCGGGGUCAGACUUUGAACGUCUUCUGGAACUUCAGAUCCAGCAACGCCAACUUGAGCUUCAACAGCAACAAGAUAUGCAUCAUCAACAACUGCUUCAACAGCAUAUGAAGCUACAACCCCAGCAACAGGCCCAAGUUCAGCAAAUGCUGCUUGAACAGCUUUUGCAUCAACAAAUCUCUGAUCCCAAUUUUGGGCAGUCAAAGCAUGAUCUUUCUAGGGAUAACAUGAUGGAUCAGGUACAAUUGAGGAGAUUUCUGAAUGACAUGCAGCAGAAUUCACAUUCUUUAAGACACAUUGAUCCAUCAGUGGAACAGAUUAUUCAAGCAAAUAUGGGCCUCAAUGCUGUCCAAGGGAGGCAAGCUGAUUUAUCAGACCUUUUGUUGCAAGCGAGGCAUGGGAGUAUCUUGCCUUCUGAGCAACAGCUUCAUUUUCAGCAAGAUCAGCUGCAGGCACAGCACCAGAUGUCAAUGGCUCUUAGACAGCAGCUAGGAUUGGAAGGGGAAAGACAUUUUGGUAGGUCUUGGUCAAUCAAUGAAACAGGGCAGUUGGUAAGAAAUAUCCACAACCAGCAACAGAGGCUUUUAGCACAAGAGGAGCAAUUAAAUUAUCUAGGAAGGAAUCUUCCUGAGCAGAAUCAGAGAGGGUUCUUUGAUACUAAUCCCAUGAUGUUUGAGAGGUCUGCACCUAUUUCUGUCCAUGGAAGGGAGUUACAAGAUCGUCGUCGUUAUAUGCACCCAACUGAUCCACUGGGUUCUUUAUCUUCUCACCACCUACAAUCAUCUGAUGAUAUUUAUGGUCAUCACUCAGAUGCAUUCAAGAGUUCCCUCUCUGGCAACAACGGACAUGUUGAGAACAGCUGGAUUGACCCACGGAUGCAGCUGCAACACCUUGAAGCUAUGAGGCAGAGGAGGGAGUUAGGGGAUACCAUUGUAUCAACAGAUUUGAACAUUUCUGCAUCUAUGGGAGCUCAUGAAGAGAGUUCAGCACAUGGUUAUAUGGACAUACUUAAUCAAAAACUGGGCCUUCAUUCUGCCCAACCUUCAACUGUUGAUAAGUGGCAUCCUCUUUCAUCAAUAAGUCAUGAAAAAUCUUGGCAAGUGUCUGAGGCUGGCUCAAUAAUCCAUCCUUUUGAGAUUCCACCGGAUCAGCAAGUCCAUAUUAAUGAUCCAUUUUUAGAAAUGGCUUCGAGUGCUAAAUCCAAUUCCCUACUGAAUGAUCAUUUAGCCAACAUGCACAUUACUGAGCAAUACAAUAAUAUAGGGAAUACUGAGAGAAUGCCUCUUCGGUCUAGAUCUGGAUCAUUACUGGAAGAGCAAUCUCUGUUAUCUGGUAAUAAGGAUACUUUAAAUCCCAAUUACAGAAUUCCUCUCAUGAUGGGUAAAUCUAUGGAAAAAGAUUUACUUGAGUUGGAGACAAAUAAGGGGCAGAGGCAUGAAUUUGUAGGUGGCACAAUGAGCAAGUCUAUUCCUGGGAUGUUAGACUUGUCCGAUCAAGUGGAGAGUACGAUGAAUUCCAUGGAACUGCCUGUUAUGGCCCAUAGUAGACAUAGCUCACUAAGCAGUGCAGGAGGUGAUGGGGGCUCAUUUGGUCGUGAUAUGGGUUUGAAUAACUCACGUGCAGAUGAGGUUUCUAGUGACAGAAUCGCUAGUUCAACGAAACAGUUUGAUAAUGCUUUCCAUAAGCGACCCCAUGUAUCUCGUGUUUUAUCCUCCCCUGAUGUUCAGUCAGACCAACCAACUGGAUCCCAUACUAACCCGAACAAUAUAAUGAAUGCUGCAUCUGGUGAAGGACGACGAGAACCAUCUGGAAAUUCGUCAAUGAGUAGCAUGAUGGAUGCUCAGGCUUCUGCAAAGAAAGAAGUUCGAUUUAGAACUUCUUCCUUCAGUGAAGGUGCUGUGGCGGAAACAUCUUUUAUAGACAUGCUUAAAAAGCCUGUUCUUCCUGAGGUGGAUGCACAUGCAGCCAGUGGAGGUGCCACCGAGCCAUCUGAUGGUGGGUUCCAGGCAGCGCGAAGCGGCAAGAAGAAAGGAAAGAAAGGGAAGCAGAUUGAUCCUUCUCUACUUGGUUUCAAGGUCUCCAGCAACCGGAUCAUGAUGGGUGAGAUUCAACGCCCUGAUGAUUGAUACUUUAUUGCUUGCAGAUGUAGAUUAGUUUGUAAAUUUUUUCAAUUCUAUUUUCUUCGAAAUAGUUUUUCCUUUCUUUUUUUAUUUGGGAGGGGUUUUUAGGGUUUAAUGGUGUACAGGCCGUUAUAUAGCAUAGCUAUAAUAUUCAAUACAUCUGUUUUUACGAUAGGUGCAAUAGAUAUUUGUAUUUGAAAUCCCGUUUGGCGAUGACUAGUGUGUACAGUCUCUGAUGAGUGUAUAUUCGAGGAAGCUAUGCAUUCUCGUAUGACGGAUGGUUCAGCGAUUUUUGCGGGACAGUAGAAUUAAUGACAACUAAUUACUUUCUUAA